CAGAAAUGACGAAUUCCGGCGUGAUGGAAGUGCUGGAGAAGAAGCUGCCGACCAAAGAGAUACUGAAGUGGAGUCCACUGCGCUUCGCCGAAGAAACUCACGCUUGGGGAUGGGUGGAAAUUCUGCUGCAAGGAGGCUUACCUCGGAAGCACCUGGAAGUUACGAGAGCCAAGCUGAGUGACCCCGAGCACGCCGCCGGCAUCAUGGAGCAGCUGUGCGAGUGCGGGCACCUGCAGCUGCUGCAGUUCGCCAUCUCCGUGGACCCGGCCCUGGCGAACGUCACGCUGCAGGGGGGCGGCCGCAGCCCGCUGCACGUGGCGGCGGCGCGCCGGCGCGACGCGGCGGUGCGGCUGCUGGUGGAGGCGGGGGCCGACGUGGGCGCCAGGGACGGCCGCGGCCGCACCGCGCUGCACGCCGCCGUGGCGCACGGCGCCGUCGACGCCACGCGCAUCCUGCUGCACGCCGGCGCCGACGCCUGCGUGCGCGACGCCGACGGCAGGACGGCGCGCGAGCUGGCGCGCAGGAACGAGCAGGUGGCGACGGUGCAGGUUCUCGAGGAGCUGGCCGGCGACGUGCACUGGCCGCUGCGGCGCCUCAUCCUGGCGGCCGAGGCCUCCAACGUGCCCGCGGUGCGCCAGCUGCUGGCCGCCAGGCGCGGGCCUCCGAAGGGCAGGUGGACGCACCUGCACUGGGCGUCGCUCAAGGGCACCGCCACGGUUGUCAGGUAG